GCAGAAGCGCGCGAAGCACCACCUCGGCCAGUUACUAUUGGGGCUCGACUACGCGUACGAGGAGGGGCGCCUCGCGGCGCUCGACGCGCUCGCCGCGGCGCUCCGCGCGCUGCCGCCGGCGACGGUCGACGAGCACGGCGCGUCCUUCUUCGCCCAGCUCGCCAUGCGCUGCGGCAACGAGGCGUCGGCGGCCUGCGCGGCGCGCGUCAAGGACGUGCUCGCGACGCUGCUGGGCCGCGUGGCGCCGGAGACGCGCGCGGGGCUGCUGCAGCGGUGCCUGGACUUUCUCGACGCCGCGGGCUCCGAGGACCGCGCGGCGGAGUUCGACGCCGCGGAGAAGCUCGCCUUUGGUCCUCCAGCUAAGUUAGGGGCGCCGAACCAGCGUGCUCGCGCACGACCUGAAGUCGCCGCCGCCAACCGACACUGGAUGGGACGGGAGCCGGAAUGCGCCACCGUCAAGCCGUGCACGGACAACGUCGCGCCGGACUCCCAGACGAGCAGCGGGCCCGCCAUGGUCGGGCUGGGGGGCAGCGACGACGGCGCGAGCUGCGGCACGGGCUGGCUCUUGGGCUGCUUCUAA